ACACUACACACACAAAGGAGAGAGGAGAGAGAGAGUAGGAAAAGUGUAAAUGAAUGAGUUGAGAGAUGAGAGAAGAAGAGAGUGGUGUUAUUUCCAUCCCAAAGAAUUAGUAGUAGGUGUUUGUGCCUUGUGCCUCAACGAAAGGCUCUUGUUACUUUUAGCUUCACAAAAUCAACCCCAGACUAACGCCGUUUACACGGUCAAACCGAAAAGAGCCCUCCAAAAGAUUCUUGCUCUCACAAAUCUCCUCAGCCGUUUGGACUUCAAACGGCACAAAACUCAGCAGCUUCAUUACAGUUCAUCAACCAGCCCCGAAGAUUCAUAUAUAUCAAUCAAGUUUGAAGAGAACGGAGUUGCAUCAUGGGACAAAGGUAAACUAAUCUCCACAAGUUCACAUGAAGACAAGAAGAAGAUCAAGAGUAGUGUGGUGGAGCAUGCGAAACCGGCGAUGAGGUGGCGCAGGAGGAUUGGCCACCUUUUCCAGGUCAUCAGAUGGAAGGGUUCCAGCAGUAGUACGUGCCACGUGGGCACAAAGGUAGACGCAGCAUCAAAUAUGGUUAAGUAUGGGUGGAUAAGAACUCUCACAAAGAGGAGAUCAACCUAAGAAAUAAUAUAAAUUAAUGGCCUUUUGUAUAUGUAUACACACCUUAACUUCUUUUUGUGGAUAGAGAGUGAUCAAAUCUAUCAUAUAUGAUUAAGAUUAAAUUGUACGUCUGAAUUACGAAAAUAUCUCUCUUGUUUGCAGAAUUACGAGAUUAUUUGUGUUCUUGAUCUCUUUAUCUUGAAGAAAAAGUAACCAUGUUUCUCUUCAAGUGGAUUUAGUUUCAAACAUAAAACAUGUUGUAAUCCUUGCAAUAAAAUCAUGGAGAUA